AUGCCGGGCAAAACCGUGCUCCCCAGCCGGGGGGAGGCGCUGCCAGGCAGACCGCAGAGACACCCUGUGUCAGCCAAGCAUGCCGUCAGCGGGAACGCGACGCUCCCGCCGUUCCCAGAGGGAAUGCAGAUGGCCAUUUUCGGCAUGGGAUGUUUUUGGGGAGCCGAGAAGAUGUUCUGGAAGUUGCCGGGCGUCUUCUCCACCCAGGUGGGCUAUGCAGGAGGCUUCACCCCAAACCCCACCUACAAAGAAAUCUGUACAGGUCUGACCGGACACGCGGAAGUGGUCAGGGUUGUGUACGACCCACAGAAGACCAGCUACGAGGCCCUCCUCAAAGCCUUCUGGGAGAACCAUGACCCCACCCAAGGCAUGCAGCAAGAGGAGGAUGUCGGCACACAGUAUCGUUCAGUCAUCCACACGUUCGGAGCCCAGCAGAGGGAUGCUGCCCUGAAGUCGAAGGCGAUAUAUCAACAGGAGCUGGCCAAACGGCAGCUGGGGCCCAUCACCACAGAAAUCCAGGCGGCCGGGGAGUUCUAUUACGCAGAGGAUUACCACCAGCAGUACCUGCACAAGACCCCCAAGGGAUACUGCGGCCAAAAGGGGACCAGCGUGGCCUGUCCCAUCCGCCCCGCAGCUGAACAAGAGUCAUGA